AUGACUCGUUUGAAGAUCGAGUUAAUUCCGUUAACGAACACAACGGUAAACAAUACAUUUUGUUUGAUUAUCAUUAUAAUGUCAAACCAUGUGAGUAGGCUCCUCACCGAACACUAUCGCCGUAUUUCGGCUAUUUAUAUUAGGAAAUGUAUGUAUUAUUUUAUUGCUACAUUUCUAUUAAUAUUUCGAAACCAUACAAUCGUGCUGAUAAUGUCAUGUUCAAACGCAACGAUAUAUUCGUCGCAGGAAAAAGGUAUCUCACCGUAUCAUAAAUAAUAAUCUAAUGUUUUUCUUUUUCUUAGGUCGACGAAAACAAGUUUGUGUGGUGAGACCGCCGUCCUAUUCUAUUCGGCAUUCGUUCAGUGACCAUCGAUUCAUCUGUACGUCGCUGUACAUUUUGCGCAUUAUUUCACAUUUUCUAAUUGUUGUAUUGUUCUAACCAUUCGUGUAUUAUCAGAGGAUUUUUCACAAUUUGGAUAUAUUCGUGAGUAUAAUUUUGCCGAUCGAAGUAAUUCAAAAAGUAUGUCGUUCGCAGGUAGUGGAUACUUCAUUGUUUGUCGAUCUUAUAAUAAAUUACCGACAGGUAAAAAUGAGGUAUCUGUGAUCGCGUGGAUGAAAUCGAUACGACGAAAUUUGAUUUGCUUCGGUCGGAAGUCUUCACAAAGCGUGAUUGCAUUUUUUUUUUAAUCGCUUAUUAGUUUUAUUAAAAAUUACUUAGUUUCCGUAUCAUAAGUUUUUCUUUUGUUGUGGUUUUGCGAAUGGUAUUAAUUGUUUAAAUAUAACUCGUAAUAAUAUAAUCGUUUAGAUAAUAUUCUAGUAGCUUGUCGAUAGGCGGCAUCGUAAUGUGUUUAAAAUUAUAGGUACCUAGGUAUUUUUUUUUCUUUUUAUAUAUGCGUUAAUUACUCAUGGUCACAUGUAAUUGCGGAGACUACUUUUUUUUUAUUUAAGUCAAGGGUGCGCGACAAAUACACUUAUGGCUGUCGGCCAAACUUAAAAUUCGCGAGCACGGACAGCAACUAUUUCGCGCUUAGUGUAUGGCAUCGUGCACCCACUCUGUAUGUCACACUCUAUAUACGCCGACCGGACCGAUCGCAACGGUGUAUUCUGGGUUAGUAUGUAAUUCCUAUACCUAAAUAUAUCUCGGUGCGCGACUCUAGUGAUUUUGCGCGGGUUAUACCUAUGAAACAAAAUAAUAAUAUUAUUUCACUGUAGGUAGGCCCUUCUGACCUUUUUGAUAUUUAUAAUUGUCAGGCUUAACUGUCACGUGUCCGCGACCAGAUAUUAUUUCGUGUGUAACGGUCAAACCACACGAGUAGUGCGUGUGUGUAACGGGCUUAACGUAGGAAUGGGACUUUAAGGAAAAAUGUUUGAAAUAAAACAAAGUUGAGUUUUUAAAUAAUUGCCACAAAAAAAAAAAACUACAAGUCUAAUAAAUAAAUUCACAAAAAUAUUCCAAGUCCAAAAAUAAUUCAUUAAGCAGAGUGACGCGAAGUUGCUCGCAUUUGAUCGUCGUGAACUCGUCUGAUUAGACGAUGAUUCGGACGGCGUUAAAUAUGCUCCGAGGGACCCCCGCAACCCGUCGUUCAUAGUGCGGCUGUCUACAUUAUUUAGUUUAUUGUACACUUUUUAUAUUAUUUUAUAUAUCAUCGUUAAUGUUUUAUCAUUUUUCGCUCGAAUUUUUGUUUUAAUCUAGACGAAAAGUUAAACAAAUAUUUAGGUUUUGAUCAUGAUAAGGAACAUUAUUCUAACAUAAUGAAAGAUAGAAUAGUUGGAGAUUUUAAAUUCUAAUUUACAGUACCUAAUCCCAAAGAUGAGAUAACACAAAUCAAUCAAGAAUGUAAUUUUAUUAUUGGUCGAAAUGGACAUAUAACAACAUAUAAAUUACAUUUUGGAUUAUACUCAUUGAAAGAACUUGAAAAAAUGUUUAAUAUUUAUCCUGAACAUGGUUUAUAAUAAUACAUUUACAACAGCAAUACUUGAAAAAGGAUUAAUAAAAAUAUCAUUCCCCUUUAAUAUAGGUCUCUAUUUGUAUUUAUCUGAUUGUUUAGGUUAUGAAUAUAAAGAUGUUGAAUCACUUAUAGGAGAAAAAUAUUUAAACAUUUUAGGUUUUAAAUAGCUUUCUCAAAAAAAUGUUGAGAAAGGUGAAAGAUAUUUUACUUCAACUGCUGUAAGAACUCCAAACUUAAAUUAUGAAAAAUAUUUAAGUAACAUAGAAGGAAAUAUAUAUUUUGAUAAUGGAUAAAUUACGGAAAUUCCUAGAUUGAAGUAUACCUAUUAAUCAAAUAAAAUUGUAUUUUAAAAAUAAAUCUGAACGUUUCCGAUAACGUUUUAAAUUAAAUUAAAAAUGACGAAAAUAAUUUUAUGUUUGAUAAUAACCUUUGUGAUAAUCUAGGGAUUAAUUUUGUUUGUUUUUCAAUAGUUGGAAUUUAUCUAACAAGUCUAACCCCCCCAACAUUCCUUUAGAAUUACAUUGCAGUAUAAUGGAGAAAUCUUUAUCGAAUUAUAAAGAAAAUGAGCAUAUUCAUUGUGAAGAGGAUCUUUUAUUUUUUUUAAUAAUCCACAAGACAAUUUAUUGUUAAAACCAACAAAUAUAUCAUACAUUACCUAUAAGUGUGAAAGAAAUUUAAAAUAUUAAAAUAGAUAAUUUUGAUUUAAAAGUGAAUAUAUUUAAUAAAUGUACAGAAUUUGUUGUUUAUCUUAGUUUAAUAAACAGGUAAUGAAUGAAUAUUUAGAAAAGAGAAUGUAUGUAUAUCGCAAAAAUUAUAAUUUCUAUAAUAACCUUAGUUUAUAUAUACUUAUUUUAAAGUUGUUUUCAACUACAAUUCGAUCAUUAGGAUUUAUUUAUUACCCACAACAAGGAGGAUUUCUUCCACUUUUUUUUGCUGGAAUAGAAGCUGCAAGUGCAUUAACUGGAGGAGUAAGUGCAGUUGCAAGUACUAUUAUAGAAGGAAAACAUAAGAGAGCAGCAGAAAAAGAACAAGAACGACAUAAUAAAGAAAUGGAAAAAAUUAUUAAUAAUGUUAAAACUUUACAAAUCGGAUUUGGAUUAAAAAAAAACAAAAGUAUUCCGGUAAGAGUUCCGGUAAGAAAGCGGCUGAAAGUGCUGACGCCUUGCUAGCGACAGUAUCCGGACACGGACCUUCUAAACUCUUAAAGGCGGCGCAUCGGACAACCAGAGGUGCCAUGUUGGCUGAAGCUCUUUGGAGUGGAAGCCACAACUACUUCGCUGGCCUUUGGGCGGUGCCUGGGGCACGGGCGGUCGUAACCCUUAAGGUUGCUGUCGUGUUUCUUCCCUGUCGACUGGGGAUCAGAAUACAGCGUCAGUAGGUCCUGCUUUUCGUAUGAGGCGACUAAUGGCGAAAACCCCCCCCCCCAAAUAGGUAUGAAGGAUGCGAGCUGGAAGAAGAAGGUAGAAGCAACAAAAGCCAAAAUUCCGGUCAAGGCUUUCGUCAUCAAGGUAGGAGAGGGAGGAGUAGAGGAGGCCAAAAACGUCUGGGGUCCGGUCUACAAGUGGGCUACGAACGACGCGUCUAGGAGUAGGAUCCCCCAUACGGUGCUUCGCGAGACGGUACCUUUACGGUGUCCGUGCGGGAGACCGCCGAGUGUUUUUUGCAGAGUCUGAUCCUCCGGGACCAGCGGGCUCCGGUUUUCGAGCUAGGCAUCACGGCUGGUGUACUCAGGAGAGCCCAGUGCGUCAUUUCGACGUGUUUCACCAACUUCCUCUCGAUGUGCAUUCGGCAGUCGUUCUUUCCGGAAUGUUGGAAGAGGGCAGAGGUGGUUGUGAUCGGUAAAGGCGUGGAUGGGGACCCGCAUCUCCCUAAGUCGUACAGACCAGUGAGCUUGCUACCAGUUCUGUCAAAAGUGCUCGAGAGACUGGUUGUCGACAGACUCGAGGGGGAGAUCGGGGGGCUCUUUCUGAGGAGCAACACGGUUUCCGAGUCGGCAAGUCAACGGCCAGCGCGAUCAGACGUGUCUCGACUGGGUGGACAGCAGGAACGACAAGGUUAUAGGGAUUUUUCUAGAUAUUUCAGGAGCUUUUCACAACCUCAAAUGGGAGGUUCUGAUUAGAGAUAUGGUGAGUUUGGGUGCGUCCGACGUGACUCGAUCCAUCAUUCAAAUUUAUUUGACUGAUAGAAAGGCAGUGCUCUCAGUGAAAGGAGUGACAGCAUUCGCGGUACUCAUCAGAGGCUGCCCGCAAGGAGUCGCUUUGCAAAUCCGCGAUAGAGGCCAAACAAUUGGCAGACAGGUUAGUUUAGUUCAGUCCAGGUUAGGUUUUGAGUAAGUAUAGGGUCGUGUUAUGUCAGGUGGAUCCGUAACGGCGCGGAAUCUAUCGAGCAGUCUUUCUGCCUCGCAUAUGUUACGCUUUGGAGGUCAGGUACAAAGGCGGUUAGGACAAAAAAGACAGUGAAGCUUCUCGGAAAUUCACAGCGUAAGGCACUCCUGUCGCUUACGGGGGCAUACAGGACCACGUCUACGGACGCACUCCAGGUGGUCUCCGGUCAGAUGCCCCUGGACAUCAAGAUCGAAUGGAAUGCUUUGGUCAAGAGUUUCAAGUCUAAGUAUCUAUCUGUAGAGCAACUUCACGAAAGUAGGGAACGUCUUCCUGGACUCAUGGCAGGAGAGGUGGGAUAA